CAAGAGCACGUGAAGGGGGUGUGGCACAAAUUUAUUAACAAUAGUUAUUUUUCGUCGGAGAUAUUUGUUUAUCCAGUUCUUCACAGAAAUUAUUCCUUAUUGAAAGGAAAAUGCUUGUCAAUUGUGUCAAUAAGGGAGUCGGGGAUUUUGUCCAGACUGUCUCCAAAAAGUGAGGGAGAAGUGGAGAUACAGAACCUCUAUGAGACUUUUAAAUUUGAGUGUGUGGAAUCAAGAAAAGAGUAUCCAAUACCUGGCUCUAUCAUUUUCAUAGAACAUGUAAAAAAAUUGAUUCCUGGUGUAAAAAGUGUGAGGAGAAAGGUUGGAACAUCGUUCAAAACAUUUUACAAAGGUGUCUGCCUUAAUCCUAUUGAUUCAAUAUCCCCUGUUUCUGAUAUAAUCUGGUCAGAUAUAAGUAAAUCAGUGCCAGAAAAUUAUUUAAUAAAGAAGAUUUCAUUUGAAGAGAUCAUUUGUGAAUCAGAAAGUGGAUACACCAGCAAUGGCAACAAUGUAUCAAGGACAAUAAUAUUUCAAAGUAACAACACAUGGCAAUUUAAAAUUGCAGCAAAAAUUGUCGACCUGUCCAACAUUUAUAUUGAAGGAACAUUUCACUUAAGUGUUAAAGGUGUGACACAAGUUUUUAAUGCGGUAGAAAAUAUCAAACUUUGUAGUGGCCUUAAGGUGACAAAAUCAAUAAUUGUCAGUAGAUACCACACAAUAGACUUAUGGAAAAGCCCUGGUGAAGAAGAAGUAAGAUCACUAAAGUCAUUAAUGUGUGCAAAAGUGGUUCCCUUACAUAGUCGUGUUGUAUCAUGUAGAAUAUGUCAAAAAAUGACAAUUUCAAAAUCUGAUAAUAAGGAAAAUGAGCCUGUACAAAACAUUCCUGUUGCUGAACCAUUGAUUAAUCAAGUUAGAUCGCUCUUUCCACAGGCAGAUGAAAAUAUGAUUGAAUUACUGGUUGAACAGGCAAAAAAUGUUGGAAGAGACCCAAAAGGACGAAGAUGGUCCAAAAAAUUUGUUGGUGUAUGUCUCCAAAUGUACAAUAAAAGUCCAAAUUGCUAUGAUCUGUUAUAUUCAAGCAAGUUAUUAGUCCUGCCUUCUAAAUCGUUGCUAAUAUUGUACAAAAAUUUAAUAAAACAACAACCAGGAUUUGAUGAUGAUGUUUUCCAGUGGAUGUAUACUGAGGCAAAUAGACAGAACAUACCAGAGGGGGAGAGAUAUGGGGGGAUAAUAUUUGAUGAAAUGUCAAUACAGACAGACAUACAAAUUGAUAAACAUGGUGACAUUGUAGAAAUCUCCGGGUUCACGGAUUAUGGAAAUGAGGGAGACUCCUGCUAUGCCCUGAAGCAAGGGUCAAAUGAAAAAAAGGUAGGAAAAUAUGCUCUCCAACUUCUUUUCCUGGGAACUAAUGGUUUUCGAUUCCCGUUUGCCUAUUUCAUUACCAAUGGUGUACAGGCAUCCGAGCUAUGUGGUAUGUUCUGGAAAGCUGUAUAUUUAUUAAGGUGUGCAGGAUUUACAGCUCUAUACACAUGUAUGGAUGGUGCUCAAGCUAACCGAUCAUUCAUGCAUAUGUGUUUAGGAGAUAAGCCACAGAAUUAUAUAGCAAGAAGCCCAUGUUCAUCAAAUGACAUCAUAUUUGUAAUGGAUUUUUCACAUGUUGUAAAAAAAAUAAGAAAUAACAUUUUAAAAAGUGGAAUUCAUCCCAAAAGUACAAGAAUUUUGACAUUAACUAGUUUUUUCACUAUUCAGUGGCAAAUGUUCACUGACUUUUUCAACUGGGACCAACAAAAUGCUCUACAAACUCACAAGAAGUUAUCAAGAGAACAUUUUCAUCUUGACUCACAAUUAAAAAUGAGAAAUCAUCUAGCAGAAGAUGUGCUAAAUUCUGAAAUGCUGCAUUCAAUGAAAUUAUAUAAAAACAAUCUGGGUGAAAAGGGUGAGGUAUUAAAUGGAGUCAUAGAAUUGCUGGAAAAUACAUCCAAACUUAUAGAAAUUUUUCGAGACAUGAGACCUGUAAAAUCUUUAGAUGACAACAGAAUUUCUACUCUACAUGAUGUGGCAACAUGGUUUUCUGCCUGGGAUAAUUUCAUUUUGAAUUGUCCUGAAAUUCCAGGAAAAGACAGAAAGAAAAGGCUGUUAUCCCAACAGUGUUCUGAAGAUAUUCAAUCAUGUAUUUUGGGUUUUACAGCACUUUGUAAAACAGUUCUCACCAAGUCAUCUGUAAUGUAUGUUACUCCAGGACUAGUCAACUCCGACGUUAUUGAAAACAUUUUUAACCAGCAAAGGUCAACAUACCACGGAGCAAAUACCAAUCCUAGUGCCUUACAAUACCAGAGAGCUGUUAACAGUAUUCUGGUUGGACAGAAUGUUGUGUCAAAAAAGUCUAAUGCUGCUAAUACCAAAGUGAAAUAUGAACCAUACCGAUUGGAUAUAAAGGAGCCAUUACGAAAAAGACCUACUUCUUCUUCCAGUUCUACUUGCAGUGAAAUUAAGGUCAAGAAAUUGUAACUGAAUUAUAUAGCUUAGCAAAAAUGGUACAUAUUGUGGUUAAAUGACAUGACCAACAUAGUGUGAAGUUUCAAGUCACCACCAUCAUCACAUGAAGUUGACGACAAAAGUGUUAUCACACGUUAUUGGCAGUUCCAUAUACUUCCUGAAUAAUCCACUACAGCGCCGGGAGCCAGGUACCAACCAAUGAAAUUACUCGUUGCAAAAUUGGUCACGUGAUUCUAGCAGCGGAAAUCGAUGGAGACUUUCGUUUUAAAGUAAAUAAACUAGUGUUAAAACAGUUGUUGAAAACAAAAUAUAAAUGCUUGGAAUGAGUUUUUAGGGUCAGAUUGUUUAUUGAACACUGUUUCAUCAAUGUAAAGCGAUAAAUUGUGAUAGUAUUGUUUGUAAGUGCGCAUUUACACGGAGGGUUAUGAACUAGAUCUGAGUGCGGGUAUUUGUCCGACCUAGCGAAAACUGUCGAUUUGGUUCGAUGUUCAAGUUUGUAAUUGUUUAACGGUUGAAAUGAUGCCAAUUUUGUUAUUGCCAACCUUUGCAGAUGAUAUUUAGCUACAAUUGUAUAUAUAGGUUUAUACAUUUUAAACGAUAAUUGACUUUGUAAUUUGCACUUUUGUUGACUGUGUGACAGUCUGACUAUUUGACAUGUUCAACCCCUUGUCUAUAUAUUAUAU